UCCUCCGCAGAGAGAGAAAGGUCAUGAUAUCGGUCUGCUGUGCUCUGCUCCGCUCCACCAAGCUCAUGAUCUGCCGUAUCAUCCUCCCUUAACCCACAUUCAAUCCAUACCCACUUGACAAAAGAUUCAACCUUUUUCCACCAGGAUUAUCAUUUCCACCAUUUUCCUUUCUGGGUCAUGGCGAAACGGUCGUUCAAGCGGUUUGUGGAACAAGAACUGGGUUUGUUCCCUCGGUUCUUGAUUUACGCCGUGCUUGAAUGGAUGCUGAUUGUCGUUCUCUUCAUCGAUGGGUUUCUUGCGUUUCUCGCCAACGAAUUCGCUAGGUUCUUCGAAUUGCAGAUCCCGUGCUUGCUCUGCACCAGAAUCGAUAAUGUUCUUGUUCAUAGAAGUCCUGAUUUCUACUACAACGAUUCGUUUUGUGAUGCUCACAAGAAGGACGUUUCGUCUCUGGCGUUCUGUCAUGUUCACAAGCAGCUUUCCAAUAUCCAGCGGAUGUGUGAGGGGUGUCUUCUGUCGUUUGCGACGGCAAAGGAGUCUGAUUGCGAGACGUACAAGUCUCUGGUAGGGAUUUUGCACAAGGAUGUUGAGUUGUUCGUUGAUGUCGAUCAAGAACUUCAUCUGUUGCUUCCUACCGGCAAGAAGGACGAAGCGGUGAUUCUAGAGAAGGGCAACGAGCACAGGUGUUCCUGUUGCGGGGAGCCAUUGAAGGUGAAAGUGAAACCGUCUAACGUGAAAGGGAAAAAUCCCGUGGUGUUAUCCUCUGCUCCAGCUCCCUCUCCCCGAGCACUCUUCUCUUCGAGGAAUGAAGACCGUGGAUUGGACAUGAGCCAUAUCAAGUACAAGGAGCUCAAGCUUGUCCCUGAUGAAUCAGAGCAUCAUGAGGAUGAUGAUAGUUCCAGCACAGUGAGCCUCGAGAAACAAUUUAAGGAAGAGGGGAAAGCUGCUGCAGUACCUUCGCUGAUAGAUGCGGAUGAGGAAGAUAAGACCCCCAAUUUUGUUAGGAAUAACAGGUUUUUUGGAAUCCCACUUUCAGAUUCAGCAGCAGCCAGUCCUAGGUGGCCUGGAAGACCUUUAAAUUUUAGGAAAUCACUGCUCGAAAGGACAGAUUCUGUGUCGGAGACUCCAGAGGGAAAUGUGUCAACUGAGACAGAUGGUGAUUCUAUUCUGCAUCAUUUGAAGAGACAAGUUCGUCUGGAUCGCAAGUCCCUGAUGGCUUUGUACAUGGAACUGGAUGAAGAAAGAAGUGCAUCUGCUAUUGCAGCUAACAAUGCGAUGGCCAUGAUCACCAGGUUGCAAGCAGAGAAGGCAGCUGUUCAGAUGGAGGCAUUGCAGUACCAGAGAAUGAUGGAGGAGCAGGCAGAGUAUGACCAAGAAGCUCUGCAAGCAAUGAAUAAUUUGCUCUCCAAGAGGAAUGAAGAAAUUAAGGAAUUGGGGGCUGAACUUGAGGCCUACAGAGUAAAAUAUGGAUGCUUAAGGGAAGAUGAAUUUGCAAUGCCAGGAGAAGAAGAGAGUGAUGAGGUUUACCAAAUCUCGAAACCUCCCUCCUACUCAUCCUCAAAUGGAAGAUCAGAAUGCGGCAGCCCUACUCAUAGUCUCAAUGAAGGGUACAAUAAUGAUGAAAAACCACAGAAUUAUGAGCGAUCAAGUUCUGUGCUGGAUGAGAUUGAAGGAGAGGCAACUGACAAAUUGCAGAAAUCCUUUCAAGCAGAUAAGGUCCGUUACUUGGGUCGGUUGAGCAAUCUAGACAAGAACAAGCAACUUUCAUCAGAUAAUGGGAAUGAUUCCUCACAUUCCAGUUCUGAUAAUUUUGACCACAAGGAGGAAGAGAUAGGUAACACAGCCAUUCAUAGACACAAUCCUAGUCAUUGAUGAACAAGUUCUCAAGAUGUGGCCUUAGAGGGCUUUGAGAGUUCAGUCUGAUGUAAUCAUACACUUUAUGCAAUUUAGAUUCUUUCUUUUUCUGUAUUUUCACUGCUUUCUUUUAAAAAAGCUGCUUCUUUAUCAUUAAAAGAAAAGAAUAUGAUGAUUGGUUUUGGCAAGUAAAAUCCCAUGUUCUGU